AUGACAGAGGUCUAUCAGUCUUUGACCACGAAACCCGCUAAUUUAUCGAGAAACGACAUCAUCCGGAGCUGUUUUACAUAUGAAUCUGGUUUGGUACUACUGGUUGGUGACUCUACCAUCUAUCAUUUCGGGAAAACGGAUGAAGGACGGAGAUACGAGAGAAUCGACACGUUCAUUAAGGAAGAGUAUCGGUACUUGCAACAGGGAGAUUUAAAGGGCGAGUUAUCGAUGCAUUACAUAGAGAGCGCGUGUGUUAGCCCCAACGGCAAGAUAUUGACGUUCAUCACGAAACGGCCUCAACUGUACCAGGUCCUUCUGUCUCAGCUGGAUGAAAACGAUGACGUACCGGCAAUGCCUAAUUUGCCCACCAUACCCGGACCACUCGGCGUGGAUAUGCAUCAUGGCGUCGUAGAGAGCUUAUCGACAAGCUUGUGGAAACCGUUCCUGAUGACAUGCGGCAAAUUGGAUUUCACCAUCAAGGUGUGGGACUAUGUGCAGUGCACGUUGCUGCUGUCUAAACACUACCCAAAACAGGUGUGCGUCGUUUCAAUGCACCCCACCGGACUGUAUUCCGUAACAGCGUUUUCGGACCACAUGGAGUUCCAGAUGGUUCAGAUGGACGAUCUUGUGCCGUUAGAAAAUUUCCCAAUCAGGAACUGCACAGCGGUCACGUUCAGCGGAUCCGGUCACAAGUUUGCAGUGGCUAAACCAGGCGCCAUAGACGUCUACUGCUCGAUAUUGUUCGUAAAAUGUUUUUCAUGCCACGGACACUUGGGACCUAUUGAGAAGUUGGUCUGGUGCAACCACGACUUGAACAUAGUCGCUUACGACAUCGUUGGUGCCAUAUGCACAUUCGACACAAAAACCGGAAAUGUACUCAUGCACAUUGCGCCCUACUCGGGAGCGGCUUAUACGGAUUUGGCAGUUGCGCAAGACGUUAAUCAAUUAUUCGUCAUUGCCAGGGAUGGCAGUUUGAAAGAAGUCUACGAUCGAAAGGUUAAACGUGAAGUGAACUUCUAUGGAACACCGUUGAAUGCAGUAUCCAUUUCUAAGUCAAAUUUGAUUUUAUUCAUAGCAGCCGAAAAUGGCAUUAUAUUGACAGUAAUAUUACCUAUGGGUGUUCAAAUCGAAUACAAAGAAUUCAAAAUCCACAGUCAUAGCAUCAAGAAGAUGUGUUUGGGGACAGACGGCUCAGUUUUGGUUUCUUGUUCAGAAGAUUCGAAUAUAUGUGUAUGGGAAGUGAAAAACACAGCGAAUAAGUCUAGGAAGAUUGAUAAACCGCUUGUAUAUACUGAUGACAUAUUAGUCAACUUGUCAAAGUACGAUAAAUUGCAUGAAAAUAUCAAGAAAAUUGAAACAGCGGUGAAUAAAUUAGAGACAGAAAAUACAAUUAAUGUAAAUACAACUAUAAAAGCAAAUGAACAGGAAAUUAAAGAUAUAAACAAAGCAAACACAACACAAUAUUUUGAAACCAUUAAAAAAAAUGAAGUAAUAACCUUUGUAUUGAAAAUGAAUAAUAAUACAAUAUUAAUAUAUAAGUGA